UCUCCUCUUCUGCAGAUGGGAAUACAGGCUGCUGCCCGUGCCUCCUGGCAGGCGGCGGGAACCCAGAGGAGGUGGGUGGGGGCCGGGCCUCUAGGAGGGCAGCCUGACCCCUGCUUUCUCUGGCCUCCUCAGCUUUUCCGUCCCUCGGGCAUCACGACGGGGUACAAGACAUUUCGCCACCUCCACGACCCUGCCUGGCGGAAGAGGGACCAGAAGCGCAUCGCGGCUCAGAAGCAGGAGCAGUUCAAGGUGGACCGGGAGGGAGGCCUGAGCACCGUCAAGUACCACGUGGACUCCCGCACGGCCCUGUCCGUGGGCGGUGCCCCCUGCACGGUCCUCAACAUCAUGCUGGACUGUGACAACCCCGCCACACCCUGGUGCACUUUGGGCUGAGCCAGCUGGGCGGUGAGGAAGCUGUGCCGCCAGGUCACCGCACCACAGGCUCAGGACAGCCCGAGUCGGCCCCGCCUAGCCGGGCCGUGCAGUGGCCAGAGCCAGACACCGAGCUCGGCGUUCCCGCGGCCCACGGGGUGGCUUAGCCAGGACUGGAUGCUCUAGGGCCUGGACAGAGGCUGGGGCAUGGCCCCCAGGGGGGCUGUCUGCCUGCCUCCCCAGCCCAGCCGCCCUCCUUCAUGUGCUGAGCCCCUGGGCCGUGGGGGGUUGGCAGGACACCUCGGAUUCCCCACGCUGUUGUCCCCCGCUGGACCACCUCGUGCGAGGUACAGAGGAGAAGCCAGGCGGCUGCUGAGGGGGACAGUCACGACUGGGAAGUGAGAGUCUCAGGAACAGCACGGACCCCACAGAGCGGAGCGGUGGGUGCCAGCUCGAGCUGGUUGUCACCACGCGGGAACGUGGGCCUCAUGUCAUGAGAUGUUCUGAUUUUUCAAAAGAAACUAGAUUGCUGGA